AGCUGUGAAAGCGCAUGCGACGCUCUGGUCCCUGCAGGCGCGCGCAUCCUUGAGCAUUAGUUAUCGUCUUUCGGCCUUUUCCUGCUUCUACUCGGGUUCCCGUCGCUGACCGAGUUCGCAUCAAUAUGCAGAGCAGAUGGCCGCUGCGACUGAAAGCGCGCCGGCGACCCAGACAGCUCAAGGUUCCGACUCGUCAAUGGGUGUAAGGACCAUUCCCAUCAUUGCGCCCACGAUCCAGAUGUCUACGCCGUCUCCCGGAGAACCCAUGGACAUCACGACCCCGACGGGCUCGUCCGCCCCGGCUUCGGCCACCAAGAGCCCGGACCGCGACGUCAAGCCCAACGGAGCGAGUAACGACCGGCUGCAACCGCCGCCCUCGCAGAACGAACAGCCUCCGCAAGAGAACAACAUGCCCGCGCCGUCGUCCACAACAACGUCCACCUCAACGCCAGCUGUCCACCAGCCAAAGGUCCAGACGGCCUUCAUCCACAAGCUAUGGAGCAUGUUGGAAGACCAGAAGAUACAACAUUUGAUCUCGUGGACUGCGAAUUCAGAUAGCUUUGUCAUCCAGCCAUCGCAUGAGUUUUCGAAAGUGCUAGCACAAUACUUUAAGCAUACCAACAUUUCGUCGUUCGUACGUCAACUAAACAUGUAUGGGUUUCACAAAGGUACGAGGCGGAGAACUUAGAAUGGAACAUA